AUGUCUACCUUUGGGUAUAGAAGAGAGCUCAGUAAAUAUGAAGACAUUGAUGAAGAUGAGCUCCUUGCUUCUCUCACUGAAGAGGAGCUGAAGGAGCUGGAGCGGGAGCUAGAGGACAUAGAGCCCGACCGUAACCUUCCAGUGGGACAACGGCAGAAGAGCCUGACAGAGAAAACACCAACAGGGACUUUCAGCAGGGAAGCGCUGAUGGCCUACUGGGAGAGGGAGACCAAGAAACUUCUGGAAGAAGAGAGGUUGGGUGCAUGUGAGAAGCAAGAAGAAGACAAUUCAGAACUUCAAGAAGAAUGUUUCACAGAAAGCAAUAGUGAAGUGUCUGAGGAGGCAUAUACGGAAGAAGAUGAUGAAGAAGAUGAGGAGGAAGAUGAAGGUGAGAGUGAUGAUGAAAAUGAGGAAGAGCAAAAUGCUGCAGCUGGCAGGUGUUCUGACCAUAUCAGACACAAAAAGUGUAAUGGUGCAAAGGACAAUGAAAAUUUCCUCAAUGGCCAUGAUGGAAAAGACAGUGAUAAUCGGAGCUUCAAAAGCAGUGCCAUCCACCCCUGUGGAAACCCAACCGUUAUUGAAGAUGCUUUGGAAAAAGUUAGGAGCAACGACCCUGACACCACAGAGGUCAAUCUGAACAACAUUGAGAACAUCACAUCACAGAUGCUUAUACAAUUUUCUCAAGCCCUGAGGGACAACACAGUGGUUAAGUCAUUCAGCUUGGCUAACACCCAUGCUGAUGACAAUGUGGCAAUAGCUAUUGCUGGUAUGUUAAAAGUUAAUCAGCAUAUAACUAGUCUGAAUAUUGAAUCAAAUUUUAUCACAGGCAAAGGUGUGCUGGCCAUCAUGAGAGCUUUGCAGCAUAACAAGGUUCUAACAGAACUGCGGUUCCACAAUCAAAGGCACAUCAUGGGCAGCCAGGUGGAAAUGGACAUAGUCAAACUGUUGAAAGAGAACACCACUCUGGUAAAGCUGGGGUACCACUUUGACCUUGCUGGCCCAAGAAUGAGCAUGACAAGUAUCCUGACAAGAAACAUGGAUAAACAAAGGCAAAAGCGCAUGCAGGAGCAGCGGCAACAAGAGUCAGGUUGUGACGGAGCUAUCAAUCCAAAGACCAAAGUUUUGCAGAAGGGAACACCUCGGUCCUCGCCUUAUGUGUCGCCUAAAAGCUCACCGUGGUCUUCCCCAAAGCUCCCUAAGAAAGCACUGCCAGUGAAAUGUCAGCCUUCAGCACCUGCACCCCCACCUCCCCUUCCCCCUUCGCCACCACCUCCCCCUCCUCCUCCCCCUCCUCCGGUUAUUCCAGAGAAGAAGGUCCCUACCAGGAAUAUAGCUGAAGUCAUCAAACAGCAAGAAAGCUCAAAAAAAGCCUUACAUAAUGGACAGAAAAAGAAAAAAGGCAAAAAAAGCAGAAAACAUGAGAACAGCAUAUUGAAAGAAAUUAAAGAUUCUUUGAAAUCAGUCUCAGACAGAAAAUCAGAGGAAGGUUCACGGCCCUCCACGCGGCCAUCCACCCCACAAAGGUCUCUCCAUGACAAUCUUAUGGAAGCAAUUCGGGCAAGCAGCAUAAAGCAAUUAAGGCGGGUGGAGGUACCAGAAGCCCUUCGGUGA